GUAACGUUGCAGUGAAGAAUAAAUGCAUACAAAGUGAUCCUGUGUUUUGUGAUGUCACCGCAAAUCAGUGAAUGAAUUACAUCUUGAUAAGUUGCAGUGAGCUGCAGAACUACUUUUCUUGAGAUAAGAUCCUAUCUAUGUGCGACCUCCGUCUUCCGGCUCUCUACCAUUUUGAGUUUGUCUUUUGGAAGCUGAGCAAAGGACCAGGGUCGGCCGGUCGGAGCGUUGGUUACGAAAGUAAGUUAAGGAAUCAACAUCACACGUCAUACAGCUGCCUUAUAACAUAUUGUGAGUUCAGUGACCUCGGCCUUGUUUACAUGGGACAUUUUAGUCGAGUGAGUUAUGUAACAACAACGCAAAGCCACCGGGGGGCCUGUCCAUCGCACACUGUGCCUCAGUAAGUAUUAAUAGGAAUCCAAAUGCACCUGCUGCACUCUGAGAGAUGACUGCAGACAGCGCGCAGGCGUCACGCAGCGGCUUCUGAGUUUCGGGUGGAGAGCUCCUCUGAGAAAGAUGUUCAACUGGGAAGAGGAGUGGAACAUCUCCUUCGCGGGCUGCGGCUUCAGGAGCGUCUACCACCUGGGCGCCCUGAGCUGCGUGCUGGAGCGGCUCCCUCGGCUGGUUCACGGAGCCUCCAAGAUCUGUGGGGCGUCGUCUGGUUGUCUGGUGGCUGCAGCCCUCACCGUUGGGAUCCCCAUCGAGGAGUUCACUGCUGAUGUUCUGACCGUGGCCAAAGAGGCCAGGAGACACACUCUGGGGGUUUUCCACCCGACCUUCAGCCUGCAGCGGACAGUCCGCUCCCUGCUGGAGAAGCUCCCUGCAGACGCACACCUGCGGGCCUCCGGCCGGCUGUGCGUGUCUCUCACCAGGCUGCCCGACCGCAGGAACGUGUUGGUGUCGCAGUUUGAAAGCAGAGAGGAUCUCAUUCAGGCGCUGAUGUGCAGCUGCUUUUUCCCUGUUUACUGCGGUUUCAUCCCACCUUCCUUCCACGGGGUGCGCUACAUCGACGGAGCCCUCAGCAACAACAUGCCUCUGUUCGAGCGGAGGAACACCGUCACCAUCGCGCCCUUCUCCGGCGAGAGCGACAUCUGCCCCAGAGAGGGGACCUUCAACUUCUUCGAGGUGCACUACGGCAACGUGAGCAUCCAGGUGAACACGGGGAACGUGCACCGGAUCUGUACGUCUUUCCUCCCUCCCAGACCCGAGACACUGGCUGAGAUCUGUCACAACGGCUACAGGGACGCUCUCCUCUUCCUGAGGGAACGAGGUGAGCUCGGAGCAGAGGGCGUCCCGCCGGGUCUGUCCCAGGAGACGCUGCUGGACGGACAAAACCCUCAGCGAGGAGAUCGCCGCCGGCUGAAGGUCGCAGCGAAUCUCCCGCCAUGCAUCGCUGAAGUGCUGUGGGAGGCGUGCAGGGACGGUCACCAUGGAGACACUCGGGUGGGGUCUCAGGUCACCGACUUCCUCCCCGUGAGGCUGCUGAUGUCUCUUCUGAGCCUCCUCUUGCUGCCCGUCGAGGUGAUCUUCUCACUCGCCAAAAGGGCAUUUGGAGAGCAGCGCUGCUGUAGCAGCUCCUCGACCUCCGACCUCACAGGGGCCGAACAGACGGAACCGGCGUCCUCGGUGGACACCAGCCGCGGCCCGGACUCGUCCUCCUCCUCCCCCGGAGCGAGGGCGGCGGGUGCGGAGGCGUCACGGAGACGCAAGCGGGAGGGUCGCCAACCAGAGACCACGGCAGGCUGACCCCCAACGGAGUAAUGUCGCUUCGGAUUAUUGCAACCCAACAACCACAGGACGAGGACCAAAAGCUUGACUUUUGUCAACUUUUCACACUUUCUCUCAUAUGAAGAUUAUGAGAGUAACACAAUGUGUUGCAUGUUGUUUCCUUUCUAAUAUAAUCUCUCUCUAAAAAAAAACCCCACCUCAGCUACGGU